AUGGCGAGCGUUUCAACCGUCAAGGAAGCUGUCAAGGAGAGCCUGGUUGGCGGCGAGGAGCCUGCGCAGCUCUCGGCGCAAACCAAGGCUCGCUUCAACAGCCAUGCGAUCAAGGACCCUGAGACAGGCGAGCUGUACCUGGGACCGGACGAGUUUAUCAAUGCGAUUGCGCCCACGGAUGAGGACUAUCACAAGAUCAAGCGGGAACAAUAUUCGAUCCUCUUUGGCGUCGCCGACAACAAAGGCACCGGCCGCGUCUCGUUGACCGACUGGAGUGUCUUUGAGAACCUCCUGCUCAAGCCCGACGCCGAAUACGAAAUUGCCUUCCGACUGUUCGAUGUCGACCGCACCGGCAUUGUCAAGUACGACGACUUCAAGCGCCUCUACGAGCUCAACAAGGGCCCCGAAAACAUCCCCUUCGAUUGGGACUGCGAAUGGGCCAAGCUGUACAUUGGCACCAACAAGAACCGCCACCACCUCAACUAUGCGCAGUUCUCGCAGAUGCUGCGUGGCCUCCAGGGCGAGCGCAUCCGACAGGCCUUCCACCGCUUCGACAAGGAUGGCGACGGCUACAUCAAUCCGGAGGACUUUGAGCGCAUCAUUCGCGAGACGGCGAGACACAAGCUGUCGGACCAUCUGCUCAACAACCUGCACACCCUCUGCAACAUCUCCGCCAGCAGCAAGGUCUCCUAUGCCAACGUGCGAGCGUUCCAGAAUAUGAUUAUGGAGAUGGACCUGGUCGAGGUGAUUUUGCGCCGCGCCGUCUCAAAGACCAAGGAUGGUAAGAUUACCAGGUCCGAGUUCAUGAACGAGGCGUCCGGCCUUACGCGAUUCGGGCUCUUCACACCAAUGGAGGCCGACAUCCUCUUUCACUUUGCCAGCCUGGACGAGCCUUCCGGUCGACUGGGCCUCCGCGACUUUGCCAAGGUUCUGGACCCCUCAUGGCGCAACCCCAUGUACGACGUUUUGGACACAGCCAGCCAGACGGUCGAUAAGGUCGCUUCCAAGGGCAGUGCCGUCCUGCACCAGGUCCUUGAGUCGGCGUACAACUUUGGUCUGGGCAGUUUGGCUGGUGCAUUUGGUGCCUUCAUGGUGUACCCCAUCGAUCUUGUCAAGACUCGCCUACAGAACCAGCGUGGAGCGCAGCCCGGACAGCGCCUUUACAAGAACUCUAUCGACUGCUUCCAGAAGGUGAUUCGCAACGAAGGUGUCCGCGGCUUGUACUCUGGUGUUCUGCCCCAGCUGGUUGGUGUUGCGCCGGAGAAGGCCAUCAAGCUGACGGUGAAUGAUUUGGUGCGCGGCCGUUUCACCGACAAGCAAGGAGGUAUUCCUCUGUGGGCCGAGAUUGUCGCUGGUGGUACUGCCGGUGGUUGUCAAGUGGUCUUCACAAACCCUCUCGAGAUUGUCAAGAUUCGUCUGCAGAUCCAGGGUGAAGUCGCCAAGACUGUCGAGGGCACGCCCAAACGAUCGGCCAUGUGGAUUGUCCGCAACCUCGGUCUCGUGGGUCUGUACAAGGGUGCGUCUGCCUGUCUGCUGCGAGACGUUCCCUUCUCGGCCAUCUAUUUCCCCACGUACAGCCAUCUCAAGAAGGAUUUCUUUGGCGAGUCACCGACCAAGAAGCUGGGCGUCGUGCAGCUCCUGACUGCUGGUGCCAUUGCCGGUAUGCCCGCGGCCUACCUGACGACGCCUUGCGACGUCAUCAAGACCCGUCUCCAGGUCGAGGCUCGCAAGGGCGAGGCUUCGUACAACGGUCUGCGACACUGCGCGCAAACCAUCUGGAAGGAGGAGGGCUUCAAGGCCUUCUUCAAGGGUGGCCCGGCUCGUAUCUUCCGAUCAUCGCCCCAGUUCGGUUUCACCCUUGCCGCGUAUGAGGUUCUUCAGACUAUGCUGCCCAUGCCCGGAUCGGCGCAGAAGGACAAGGUGCACCUCGGCAUGUCUGAUGCUCUGUCUACGUUGAAGUCGAAGCAGCUGGACUCUAGCCCCUUUGCCCGCAGCAGAAAUGCGCUGAAGAUCAUCCUCGACCUUGACGAGGACUUUGGCAAGGUUAAGCUGCCUAACGAGAAGGGAUGGAGAUCGCUCCCCAAGAUCAUCGGUGGUGGUGGUCAAGCCGCGUAA